AUGUUUGAAUUCCGAACCCUAAAAAAUCGUGGGGGUGUGGUCGAAGAUCUUGGGUUCAUUCUGUUUUUGAAAGUUCAAAAUCACACACACGUCUCUCUUUCUCUUUCACACACACCCUCUCUCCCCCUCGAGAGCAGCUUGCUCAGACAACGUUCAACCGAAGCCGCCAUUAAUGUGAAGUUUUCUUCGGAUUCUCGUUCUAUGAAGAUGAAAUGA